UAUCCGUUGCAUUAUGGCGGCACAAACAAAGGUUACAGAGUUUUAUAGAAGUCGGAAAACAUUUUGUGAUAGACAGCCAUCGAAGCGCCAAAAAGUUAUUCAUCUGAAUGCACAAACGCAUGAAGGUCCUGCGGAGACCAAGUUUCCACCAGCACGAAGGAAGCAUAACGUGAAGAUUAUUACUGAUGUUCCAACUUCAUUUGAAUUUGCUACUGCAUCAGAAUCAGAAGCGACGAAUGAUAGGCCUAGCGAUCUCUCACAAAAACCGACGUCGCUAACUGCAAGGGCGACGUGUGUUACUGCAAAAAAGCAAGCAAAGAAACCACAUGAUGUGUUUCUAUCCGGCCGAGCUCGGAAGUCAGCUAAGUCCACCAAAGUCGUCGGAAGCAAACCUCACGGCAGUGUUGAUAUCGACGAACAACACAACAAAACUCGAAACUCGUCCCCACAAUUAGCAGAGCUAGUUACGGAUGCGACAGAUGAUCACGAAACAUCAAGAACGCCAGUGAAGUCGCCACAAAAGAGGAUGGUCAAGGCAUGCCCUGAUCACUCGUCAAAAAAGAGAAGCAAACCCGAAACAGACGUGCAACCUCGUUCGAUAUUGGCAGUUGAUCCAUCGCCAUCGAGGUUACGAAGCCGCAACAGGCGUGGAGGGUCUCCUAAAACGAAGCUAUUUACAAAAACAGAGGACACUCUCCCUAAUACGGUCAUUACCGAAAAAUCCAGCUCAAUGGGAAAUAGUGAGGAAGUACAGGCUGUUCCAUUGGCACUUUCUUGUGAGCAUGAUAAUGAGUCUAUGGUAAAGGCAGGUAAAGAACCACAAUUAGUCACACAGGAAAAGAAGAAAAACACUAAUGCUCUGCAAGCAACUAGUAAGGAAGACCCAGCUGAAAAGUCGGUGUUAAAGCUGAAAAAAUGCAACAAGUUGUCUGACUUACAAGCACAGUUAGCUAGCUUUAAAUCAAAUGUGAGCAAGUUAAAGAAAUCUGCAAGCAACCUGCAGAAGUCAACAACAUCUAAGGAAAAGACUGGGGAACCAAAUGUUGUCAAACCCAAUGAAAGGAAGAAGGCACCUGCUUUUGAGAGGUUCCACGCAUUAACAACGCCAGUGCCACCAACACUGUCACUACCGUAUCAAUACAAGGUUCUCUCAGAGAUGUUCAGGAGCAUGGACACUGUGGUUGGAAUGUUGUACAAUCGUUUGGAGACAAUUACAUUCAAUCGCGUAAAGGCUGCGGUCCAGGAGAUGUGUAGAAGGACUUUUGAAAAAAAGAAUCUUGCUCAGAUCAAGAGUGUCCAUCCAAGUGCAUAUGUGUUUAGGCAGGAGAAGGGGCUAAAAUGCUAUGAUAAUAAGACACACUCAAGUGCCUUCCAGCUCACAUUGGAACCAGUGGUCAAUGAUGAUCAAGGUACUAAAGAUGGAGGCCAGAAAAUUCCACACCUAAGUGCCAGUGCUCUGCUGGAGCGAAAAACUACUUUUCAUCGAAACCUGAUAGCUAUUGUCAAGCAGCACCACAAGGAGUGGCUGGAAAAGCAAGCGCGCCCCAUGACUGUUCCUGACGAUAAACUUGUUAGGUGGCAUCCAAAGUUUCCACUGGACGAGGUUCCCGAUGUGGAAGAGUCUGAACUUCCAGAAGUGCCCGUUGUGCAGAGUUACACUACCGCCGCAGCUGUUCUUGAUAAGGCUAGAGGAAUCGUCAGUGAGAGGUCAGAAAAAGCAUUGGAAAAAGUUGUCGUAGAGCAGGAAGCAGCAAAGAAGAACCCUCCGAAUCUAGAUGAUGAUAAGAAAGCAGAAAGAGCAGUGGGAUGUCAGCCGAAAGUCCCACCCAUGUCUUCGCAACUCAAGGGUGUCCCACUGUCACUACUGGAGAAGAUUCGAGCAAAAGAAGCAAGUAAAUUGCAACAAACCAUGACACAGCCAGAUUCAGAUAAUAAGAAAACAGCGAUGAUGGCUCGUCUUCCUGACUUAACAAGGAUCCUACGAACAUACUUUGUAACAGAAAAGAAAACUGUGGUGGCAAUGGAUCCAGCUGUCCUGAAUCUUUCACAUAGUUAUCGCACAGUUUUAAGCACAGGGGAAGUUGAGGCUCACAUCAACCUAUUGGCGGAGUUGGUACCUGAUUGGCUAACUAUUAACAAGGCUAGAGGCAAGAUCUUUCUGAAGAUUAGGAAAGAUGUAGAUGUAAACACAAUUUGUAAUAGACUCACUAGGCUUCUGAAGAAGUAAGUACAAAAUGCUCUGUUUUGCUGUGUUGAGAGCAAAGUGCAAAAAAUGCAGUCCAUACAGGAUGAAAACUGUAGUGAAUGCAUAAUUGGACCUUGCACCUGUUCUGUUUAUGUCUUAUUAUAAAGGCAUGUGAGUGCAUGCUUUAUUGUAUUGAUUUUAAACGUCAAGGGUUGUAUUGUGUAUUAUAACUUUGGUCUUAUUAUUGUAGUUAUUAAGCUGCAACAACAUUAAGGUUUUGCUAUUGUGGUUGGUAACUUUGUUCCAAUCUCCAAGUAUUUUUAUUGUAUACACAAAGCAUUCCAUAUUUUUCUUGAAAUAUUGGGUUUUACAGUUUUGUACAAUCAUUUUUAACCUUUAAUUGUAAUUAGUAUUUCUAGAGUUGCUUUACUGUUUUUAUCAUGGGAAUUUAUAAUUAGAUUUAGUAUUUUGUUCCUUGCCCUAACAAUCAUUAUAAUGCACUUCAAUUUGAUAUCUUUCCUACUAACCUGUUGCAGUGUGUUACCUUUGGCUACUUCAUAAAUAUGUGCCGUUUAGACCAAUUUUUGCUCAGGUAUUGAUUUUACUAUUGUCAUAAGAUUAUGUAUAAAAUACACUGUCAAGUUUUGAAUUUAUAACCAUUGGAAUUAACCAUAAAAUAUUAGCUAAGUAAUCGUAAACUUCAUGACAGACUUUCAAUGAUUCGAAUGUCAGCAGGUUUCCUCUUAUGGAAAGAGUGAGAUUUGUUAGAUAUAUAUUUCCAAAGAGGUCAUAUAUUGUCGACAUGAAAUCAGUUAGGAAAGAUUAUUAGGUUAGAUGCCAAUAAUAGUUUUUGUGAAUUAAGUGUUUUAUUAAAAAUAUUUGUAUAAAAUUAA